CCCGGUGUCUCUCCAUUGUCCGUUCGAAGUUAUCUCGUUUACGCUCACUCUCUCGCUCACUCGCACUUGCUCUCGCACCGCACAUACUCGCACGCACGCACGCACACACCCUCGCCCUCGCAUUCUCACGUACUCUCUCUCACUCUCUUUCUGUCCCUCUUAUUCCCUCCCUCUCCCCAUCUCCACCUUCGCAUCCGCUCCUCUCCUCCUCCACACCUCUGCCGCGUAGCAUUACGGCCUCCACAUCAAUCCCUCCGUUUCCCGGUCUGCAGUCGUCUCUCCGCUGUCACUCUGCUCCAAAUCACACCUGCAACUCCCGAGCACUUCGCCCUGGCCCAUCUCAAACGCCUCACUUGCCAUUCCUACCGGCGUCCAACUCUUCGUUUUUUGACGGCAGAGUCGCUUGGCCGUACUUGCACGCACACAGACGCACACACACACUCUCUCUCGCUCGCUCCUAGGGACGUAAUUUGGCUUCGCUCAGCUGCCCCGCGGCACGCAUCGCUCUCGCCUCCCUGAUCCCUUUUGCGACACAAGAAGCGCAAUCAUUCUUUGGCAAAUUGGCUUGUUUUGCUACCUAAUCGGAUUCCUCUCUGGCAUUCCUUCCGUCGCAACGUCCAUCUAGGCCUCGGCAGCCUGCAGAUCGCACCUUGCUACUGACGGCGGCACCUUCCUGGAGCAUCAUCUUUCUGGGUCGCAGCUUACCGCUGGCCACAAGUCGGUUCCUUGCUCUUGCUCGUUCUGUCGCGGACUCUUGGCGUUGUCCAUCCUACCUUCCGUUCCGCACGCAGACGGCUCCAAUGCGUCGAUAAGAGUCUCUCUGCAUAGACUACAACACUGCGCAACCGUCAUCAUUCCGUGCAACUCCUGUCUCCCACCGGCCAAUCUGGCUUUCCGGAUUCGCCGCUCUACCUCGAGCGACGAGCGGCACAAGGAUCGCCAGGCCAGGCGCUCGGCGAGCGGCAUUUGGAAGAGCAUGAGCAUCAAGAAGUCAUCUAAGCCAGCGCUUCGAAUCAAGACUGUCUCAACCUCAAUCACGUCAUCACCCUCGCUUUCCCAACACUCGUGUGACUCCAACUUGGGGUCCUUGCCUGAUCUUCGUGAGAAAAAAUCGGACGAAAGAAUGACCGACUGGAUGAGCUCACGGCCGCUGAGCGUUGCAAUUCCCACUCAGAACGGUGGCUUUUCCACCACCGGUCCUUACUGCCCCAGACGGCCAAACCUAUCUGACAUACUUGCCAACAACUCUCCUCCGCCAUGGACGCUUUCGGCAUUUAUGGCCUACCUCUCGCAGAACCACUGCCUCGAGACUCUUGAGUUCACCAUGGAUGCAUCGCGUUAUCGUAAGCAUUAUAGCAAGAUGGCGAGUCGCUCGCCCGAUGGACGCCUGGUCCGGGGUUCGAGUGAUAGUGCUUAUGUCUUGUCCCUGUGGCAAAAGCUACUGGAGGCUUACAUCAUCCCUAAUGGGCCACGUGAGGUGAACAUCCCUGCUGAUGUUCGUGACUCUCUGAUGGAGCUUUCGAUGACGGAUGAACCUCCCGAGCCAUCUGUGCUCGACGUUGCCGUGCAGAAGGUAUAUGACCUCAUGGAAGAGUCGGUUCUGGUUCCAUUCCUGAACAGCUUCUACCCCCAGACGGCCCUUCCGGAUUCUGCGAACACGUCUCAGGAAGACCUUGCGUAUCAAGUCCGCUCGAACGAAGAUCGUGCGCUGCAUCGUCGUUCGACGCGUAAGGAGCGUCGCUCGUCUCCGACAAUGUCGUCGACAAUUCCAUCUUCGGCCCCACCGAUGCCUAAUCGAGCAUCUGCGCCCUCGACUCUGUCUCAGUUCGCUCGAACGCUCUCGCACUCUACAAGACAUGCGUCCAGUUCGUCCAAGACGUCAUCCGCGCCAUCAGCCCGUAGCUCGACCAUCGCCAUGAUCUCGCCGUGGUCCUCAAACCAGUCCGAGUCGAUGGUGCUCUCGCCUAUCGACAUAGGUCUCACCGAUGAUGCAUCUGCCUCAUCACCGAGUGCUGCUGGCGAGCCCAUGACCCCACCGACAACGCCUCCUCAGUGCGAUUUUGGCAGCCCAACCAGCUCAGGUGGAUUUGGAGGCUCUAAGGGAGGAGGGACGUGGAAGAAAAUGCGCAGCAGUUUCACAUUCAAAAAGAGGAGUGGAAAUUUACGCGAAGAAGAACCCGAGCAUCCUCAGAACGGCAGCUACCUAUGAUACCCUUUUUCUACGCUAUGCUACAAUGUCUCGCAUGUCUAAUGAGCACGCAUGAUUUGAACCUCCAAACUCCUGCAACGGCCGAAAAAUUUCUGCUUCGAUUCUUUCCAGCAUUCAGCAUAUACGGUUCCCUCAGGGGCUUGGCUGGCGUUUUAUCUGUGGCCUCUGUCAUUGACACGGAUCACAUAAUAAACGGGCACCACAUGUUCUUUGGCCACGAGACGACAAAGAACAUUUGACCGAUUUCCCUCGCUUCAUUCGUGAGGCUGGGCAUUUCCUACCUUUACAUGACGUAAAAGCAACAGUAUGGAACUUGCUCCAUGAACGAUCAUACGACGAUCUUUGUUCUGCUUCUUAGUGUUUUUUCCCCGCAAACGGCGCAUUGCAUGGGCGUUUUGUCGUGGCAAUCUCUUCACUUCAUUGCAAACUCUGGACAGAGUUAUUUCUAGAUUGUACUUUUUUCCUUGGACCAAGAUAUACUGUCACGGAGCAGGAUUUUGACGUUUUGACAUUUUGUGCAUGCGCCGUUUUGUACAUACCUUCUACUCGGUAAGCACGGAGAAGCUUUCGGCUCUUUGGCCAUGAGCUUUAGGCUCUGAAAAGCUACGAUUAAAGUAGUGGGUGCGGAAUGCAAUCUGAUACAUUGGAGCUGGCUGAGUUGCAAAACUCGUCAAGUCCAUCUUAUUCAACGAAGACGUGCGUGACCAAGAAUCAGAAUGAUU